CCACGACGACGACCAAAACUAAAAACUCUUCUUGUUUUUGGUUUCCCUGUAAGGAAAAGAAAUGUCACCAUCAUCUUCUUCUUCUUCUUCCUUUAUCUCUCCUCUCACUUUCUUCUUCUUCCUUCUUCUAGUCUCUUCUCUGACCUUCUCGUCAUCUUCCGAUGGCAUCUCCGAGCUGUUUAACGCGUGGUGUCAGAGACACGGCAAAACGUACGCUUCGGAAGAAGAGAGACAACACAGGAUUGAAAUCUUUAGAGACAAUCACGACUUCGUCACACGCCACAACGACAUCGCUAACUCUACUUACUCGCUCUCACUCAAUGCCUUCGCGGAUCUGACUCAUCACGAGUUCAAGGCUUCUCGUCUCGGACUCUCUGCUUCGGCUCCGUUGCUAAUGGUUAAGGGAGAGAGUUUUGAGAACGUUCGGGGGAAAGUUCCAGAUUCUGUUGAUUGGAGGAAGAAAGGAGCUGUUACUAAUGUUAAAGAUCAAGGAAGCUGCGGAGCGUGUUGGUCAUUCUCGGCGACUGGAGCUAUGGAAGGAAUUAACCAGAUUGUAACAGGAGAUCUCGUCAGCCUCUCUGAGCAGGAGCUUAUUGAUUGUGACAAGUCCUAUAAUGAUGGGUGCAAUGGUGGUCUCAUGGACUAUGCUUUUGAGUUUGUUAUUAAAAACCAUGGAAUUGACACUGAGAAAGAUUAUCCUUAUCAAGAACGUGAUGGCACCUGUAAGAAAGAUAAGUUGAAAAGAAGGGUUGUGACAAUUGAUAAAUAUGCUGGUGUAAAAUCAAAUGACGAGAAAGCAUUACUAGAAGCUGUAGCGGCUCAGCCAGUUAGUGUUGGCAUCUGUGGCAGCGAGAGAGCGUUUCAGUUAUACUCCAAGGGAAUAUUCUCUGGCCCGUGCUCAACAUCAUUGGACCACGCAGUGCUCAUCGUAGGAUAUGGUUCAGAGAAUGGUGUUGAUUAUUGGAUUGUGAAGAACUCAUGGGGAAAAAGUUGGGGAAUUGAUGGGUUUAUACACAUGCAGCGUAACACCGGCAGUUCAGAAGGAGUAUGUGGAAUUAAUAUGCUCGCUUCAUAUCCCAUCAAAACACAUCCAAACCCUCCUCCACCUUCCCCUCCUGGCCCCACUAAAUGCAACCUUUUCACAUAUUGUUCAGCUAGCGAGACUUGUUGCUGUGCAAGAAACUUGUUUGGUUUGUGUUUCUCAUGGAAAUGCUGCGAGUUAGAGUCUGCUGUGUGUUGCAAGGAUGGUCGUCAUUGUUGUCCUCGUGAUUACCCUGUCUGUGACACAACCAGAAGCCUUUGCCUUAAGAAAACAGGCAAUUUCACAGAGAUCAAGCCCUUCUGGAAGAAGAAUCCUUCCAAUAAACUUGGCAGAUUCGAGGAAUGGGCUAUGUAAGAGAAGUUUUAAGCUCUUCCACGCCGAAGCCUCUUGGAUUCGUUUAUCUAUAGCUGAGAGAUGAUUAUUUAUAGCUGUUGUUGUGAUAUGUUAUAAUCAUCAGGGAUGUAUUAUUAGUCUCUCAUUUGGAUAUGUAUACAACUUUUGAAUCAAUAAAGGGUAUCUGCAGGAGACAUAAAUAAAUAAGAGUUUCAUCUAAACAUAUUGUACACAGAAGCAGAGAACUAAGCUUCUUCGCUGUUGUUGUGCUCUCUUUUGUUCAGUUCUGUCAUCUCCUUCUUCUUUGUUUUGUGCAGGUAAUAGAAGUAACAAGCUAAAGCCAAGACUGCUCCUAACAAAGCACCUCUUCUCUGCCAACCAUAGUCAUCAUCCUUGAAGUCAAAAGCCAACACAACAAGAAGAGCAACAACCGGUGAAGUACACAUAUGUACAACAUCAGCGAAUAAACCAGACACCAAGAGCACCAAACCUAACAGCCCCACCGCCCAAACCUGCCAAGAGAGAGCUAAACCGACCAAACUCAGAACAUAGUAAGUUCUCCCUUUCUUAAACCUCUCGCUUUCUCCUUUUAACUCCUUGAACUCACCACUAGCAAACAAACCCACUAGACAAAUGAGUGUAGCCACGAAGGAAACAAAGAUUUGCAUCUCCAACACCAUCCGGAACACUUUCUUCUCACCAUACCUCUUUGUCUUCACCAAGACUCUCUCGAACCCGAGUUGCAUUAGGGAGAGUGACAAGGAGAAGGCGAGAGUAGGGAAUAUGAGUAUCAGCCAAGCCUUGAUGCCGUAAGUGUAAGAUUCAUCAUCAGUAGGAGUUCCGGAAAACGCAGGUGUGCAGAAGAAGUCUGAUGCAAGAGUGAAGAUUAUCGAUAUGAUGAUCCAUCUGUUGAACUUGAGACGGUUUAUGAAAGCUGAGAAGAGGGAGGUUAGUAUCAGCUGAGCUGAUACCAGAAUACCCCAACCUACGUAUAAUCUUGCCAGUGCGUAUAACUUGCUGUAAACAGAAACAAGAACACCAAGAGAAACGUAUAGCAAGAUAACACGGUUAUUGCUGGUUUGAUAUUCAGAGAUUGUUUCAGGGUUUGGUUUUGGUAAUAUGAAGAAGAGUGGAAUCAGUAUGGGGAAGGCAGCGUUUUGAACCAGAGCUUGUGUCCAUGUUCCUUUGUACUGUUGGUCUUGAUCAUUCUCUGAACGAUUGUCUUGGUCGUAGUAGAAGUUCAAGAGAAGCAUGAUGAGAGAGUCUCCGGUUAAGAUCAAGAAGCUGUUGAAGAAAACAGAGAUCCACCAUUUGCGUUGGUUGAGCUCAAGGGAUCGAAUCUCGCUCAUGAUCAGGUGACUUCCUGGUUCUGGACCUUGAAACUCCUCCAUGAGUUUUCUUCUUCUUGUUCGUGGAUAUUUGAAAAUGUGCAGAUAUAUUAAUGUUGGCGUGGAGGUUGGACCUCGUUCCUCAUGAGUGGUUAAACGUGCAGACACACAUUACAAUCACUGGAAAGAGAAAGAAGAGAGAAGUAUUGGGUCACGAAAUGGUCAUAUGCUUUUGACUCAACGUUGCAUAGCUGUAUGAUUGGUUUGUUUAUAUUUUUUAUAUUAUCAACUACUAGUAUUUUGACGUUAAAGUCAUAUAACUCGUUCCAAG